AUGCCGCCAGAACUCACUCAUGAACCCGACUACUCCUCACUCAGGGAAUUGAUCAAAGGCAGUUCUUCAUCCUUUUCAUGUUCCGGAUCCAUUCCUAUCACUACCGAUACCUCCAUCACAGGAAAUGGCCACGUCCCUACCAAGUCCCAGCCCGUCAAAAUUUUCUGGACUUCGAGGGAUUCGGUGCCGCACGUGCUGGUUCUUCCUAUCUGCGAAAAAGAUGACGUCGACGCUUCUGGUGCAGGAGCUUUGCAGCAGCUUAUCAGUGAUUGUACCCCUGCUUCCUAUAUCAGUCGUGAAAAGUGCUUUCCUGUUCCUGGUUUUCACAGAGGCCGGACGCUGAAGCCUGCUCACUUCGCCACUACUUUCCAUCCGGUGGAUCUUGGUAUUCUUGAUGAAAUUGAGAAACAGCUGCUUCCGUCUUUCGAUGUUGGUGCUAGCAGGAAACUGAUUGCAGAUCUCAGGAUGCUAGAUGUCUACUCCAGCCCCGACGGCUUCAAACGGGAGCACAUCACGUCCCCCGACAGUGAGAAUCAAUUUGGCUUGCUCGUAGUGAGCCUGCCUUCCCGGUUCACCGGAGGGAACCUAUAUGUGCGACACAAUAAGCAGGUUCGCGAUUUUAACUGGAGCCCGGCCAGUUCCUCGACUAUCCAGUGGGCUGCAUUCUAUGAUGACUGCGAGCGUGAGAUUGUGCCUGUUACAGAGCGAAAACUCAUCACUCUGGUUUACAAACUUCAUGCUUUAGAUGCUGGCGUGCGAUAUGUUUAUCCUAGAUCAUCCCUCACGCCAUGCAUGCAGCCACAUAAGGCAGCAGUGAUGAAUAUUCUGGGGAGCCCUGACUUGAUGAGUCAAGGUGGCAUCCUCGGGGCCUUCUGCUCCUACGCCUAUCCCGCCUCAGAGAGCAUUGCACAUGUGCUAAAGGACUGCGAUUAUCUUCUCUACUCAGCCUUCAAGACCUCACCGGGGACUGUUGCGACUAUUUUGGAGCGCGAAAAAUCCAAGAACAUCCCCAUCCAGAUUGAUGAGAAGAACAAGGCUGCCAAAGUGAUUGCAAGUGAGGCUUGGCCAUGCAUUACCUUGCCAGGAGUGAUGUGGGUAAAUGAGCAGAACCGGGAUAAUCUUGCGCUCAGGCAUUGCCCUCGUGACACCGGAGCUGCUUCUUCUUCUGGAUACGGAAAAGACCCUCAUAGGCCAAUAAAACGGAGAAGACUUGGCCAGUCGAAGACGCCAGCGUACGUGGAUGGCGCUAUCUUCGCUGUGAUUCCGCCGUGGGGGGUACGAUUGUAG